AUGGAUCCGGAAGCGUGUUCUAUAAUUACAUUUAUUGGGGACGGAUUACGAUUCAGGAUACUUGAUCUGAAAGCACUUGCAUUUUUAUAUUAUUACCCAAAUGACCGUUUCAUUUUCACUGAUCAGGAAGUUAUCAAUCUAUUUAAAAGCGCACUUGGACGGAAUCAAGCAAUUUGCAACUGUUGGGCAACGAAUAACGAUGUUUAUGAUUUCACAAGUUUGCGAGACAACGAGAUGAUGAUUUAUUCAGGGAUGAGUAUGCAGCAGCUUCAGGAUUACGCCUACUGCGUCAGUCCACAAGGAGAAUAUGACGAUGGAUUUUCUGAUUGUGAAUCUCUGAUAUCGCAUUAUGAAUUUGGAGUUAACAGAAACUUAAUUGAACGAGAAUGA